CCCCAGCGCGGUGUUGGGCUCCUUGGGCGCGCGGCGGGAUGGCGGGCUACCUGCGCGUCGCGCGCUCCCUCGGCAAGACCCGCGCCUCGGCGCCGGGCAGAAGCCCGGGGGCCCUGACCCCGGCGGCGCUGAGCCUGCAAGGAGGGCAGCCGCGCCGCGACUAUGCAGACAAACGAAUCAAGGUGGACAAACCUGUGGUGGAGAUGGAUGGAGAUGAGAUGACUCGAAUCAUCUGGCAGUUCAUCAAAGAAAAGCUUAUCCUACCCCAUGUGGAUGUACAGCUCAAAUACUUUGACCUGGGGCUCCCACACCGUGACCAGACAAAUGACCAGGUCACUAUUGACUCAGCCCUAGCCACCCAGAAAUAUAGUGUGGCUGUCAAGUGUGCUACCAUUACUCCAGAUGAAGCCCGUGUGGAAGAAUUCAAGCUAAAGAAGAUGUGGAAAAGUCCCAAUGGGACUAUAAGAAACAUUCUAGGAGGAACGGUAUUCAGAGAACCCAUAAUCUGCAAGAACAUCCCCCGUCUUGUCCCUGGUUGGACCAAGCCCAUCACCAUCGGCAGGCAUGCCCAUGGGGAUCAGUACAAGGCCACUGACUUUGUAGUAGACAAGGCAGGUACUUUCAAGAUGGUGUUCACUCCCAAAGACGGCAGUGGCGUAAAGGAGUGGGACGUGUACAACUUCCCUGCUGGAGGUGUGGGCAUGGGCAUGUACAACACUGAUGAGUCUAUCUCAGGUUUUGCACACAGCUGCUUCCAGUACGCCAUCCAGAAGAAGUGGCCCCUCUACAUGAGCACCAAGAAUACCAUUCUGAAGGCCUAUGACGGUCGCUUCAAAGACAUCUUCCAGGAAAUCUUUGACAAGCACUACAAGACAGAUUUUGACAAGAACAAGAUUUGGUAUGAGCACCGACUCAUUGAUGACAUGGUCGCUCAGGUACUCAAGUCUUCAGGUGGAUUUGUCUGGGCCUGCAAGAAUUAUGAUGGCGACGUGCAGUCUGAUAUACUAGCCCAGGGCUUUGGUUCCCUUGGUCUGAUGACUUCGGUUCUGGUCUGCCCCGAUGGGAAGACCAUUGAGGCAGAAGCUGCCCACGGAACUGUCACCCGCCAUUACCGGGAGCACCAGAAGGGCCGACCCACUAGUACCAAUCCCAUUGCUAGCAUCUUUGCCUGGACAAGAGGCUUAGAGCACCGAGGAAAGCUGGACGGCAACCAGGACUUAAUUAGAUUUGCUCAGACUCUGGAGAAGGUAUGUGUUGAGACAGUGGAGAGCGGAGCUAUGACCAAGGAUCUCGCCGGCUGUAUCCAUGGGCUAAGCAACGUGAAGCUGAACGAGCACUAUCUGAAUACUGAGGAUUUCCUGGACACUAUCAAGAAGAAUUUGGACAAAGCUCUGGGCCAGAAAUAGGUGCUGGUGGGGAGCAGCACUGGCUGCAGGUUAGGAGGCAAGGGGGAGAGUAAGGGGGCAGGUCAAAUGCCUUUCCUGUUCUCCUCUUCUCUAACCUCCCUCCUCCUCCCCCCACUUCUCCCAUCCCUCCAGCAUGGAAGGAUCCAUAACCCUUUCAUUUGGAAACUUGGAACAGGAAAUAUGUGCUGGGGAUACUUUUUAUAAGCUGGUAGGGUGGGGGUUUUUAAAAGAUAUUUUUUUCCUAAAGGGUAUAUGAGGUAUGUGUUUCGAGGUAUGUUUUGCCUCAGCCAAAGUUGAUGUUCCACAUACUGUAAUUUAUAUACCGUCCUCUGAACACACUGUGCCAUAUUUAGCUACUAAACUCUCUUUACAAAGCU